CCGCAGGAGGGGCUUUGCGGGGCGGAGGGGAGGCCCAAGGGCUGCCCCUGCGGCUGGACUCAGGCUCCGCCCUCCGCCUCCGCGCUUCCUCCCCCUCCCCGGAGGAGCCGGGACGGGAGGCCGGGCAGGGACUGGGCGCUGGGGACACCCGCAUUUCCCUGGAGCCCGCCUUCCCCCACCCACCCCGGACGUCGGUCCCGUCUUGCAGGGGUUCCUGUUCAUCAGCCUGCGGCCUCCUGCCUGGGAAAGGGCGCUCCCCCUGGACGCGGAGGACGGGUUCCGAGCUCGGCCCCGCCGCCCCUCUGUGAAAGUCCCCGCAUCUCAGUUUCCACGACCGUAUUUUCUUACCUUGCGUGGCCUAGUUUUCAAGUUCAGUAUGACACGGUGAAACAGAAAGGCAGUGGACACGACCGAGUUCCUGCAGGGCCGCGUGCUCUGCAAGCCUGCCUGACCCGUCCCAUCUCGCCCCUACUGUCGGCCGGUCUGUCCCAGGCCCCUACCCGCGCAAAGCAGGCUCUCCGUGGAGGCCCGGACCCUUCUCCUCCCCAUGGGCAGCUGCCAGGCAGGGCACAACCUGCAUCUCUGUCUGGCCCACCACCCACCCCUGGUCUGUGCCACUUUGAUCCUGCUGCUUCUUGGCCUGUCAGGCCUGGGCCUUGGCGGCUUUCUCCUCACCCACAGCACUGGCCUGCGCAGCCCUGACAUCCCUCAGGACUGGGUCUCUUUCUUGAGAUCUUUUGGCCAGCUGACCCUGUGCCCCGUGAAUGGGACAGUCACAGGGAAGUGGCAUGGGCCUCAGGUCGUGGGCUUACUGACCACCUUGAACUUCGGAGAUGGUCCAGACAGGAACAAGACACAGACAUUCCAAACUAUGGUCCAGGGUAGUCACAUGGGAUUGAAAGGAUCUUCUGCGGAAGAGCGGGUCCUCAUUACUGCCAGAGUGACCACAGAAAGGACCCCAGGAACGUGCCUGUAUUUUAGUGCUGCUUCAGAAAUCCUGCCCUCCAGCCAGCCGCCCCUCUCCUGCUCAGAGGAGGGAACAGGAAAUGCCACCUUGAGUCUUCAGACGACUGAGGAGUGUGUCAGCGUCUGGAGCCACGAAGGCCUUGUGCUCACCAAGCUGCUCACCUCGGAGGAGCUGGCUCUGUGUGGCUCCAGGUUGCUUGUUUUGGGCUCCUUCCUGCUUCUCUUCUGUGGCCUUCUCUGCUGUCUCAGUGCUGUGUGCUUCCACCCGCGCCGGGAGUCCCACUGGUCUAGAACGCGGCUCUGAGGGCGCUGGCCUAGUUCCCGUCUUGUUCUCAGAGAGCGGGCGAGCACCCAGGAGCCGGGGCGAAGCGGACCCCACUGAGCGGGGACCCCCACGCACGGGGGCUGGAUCCCGGGACUCCAGGACCGUGACCCGAGCCGAAGGCCGACGCUCAACCAGCUGCGCCUCCGGGGCGCCCUCUGCCCGUUUUCAGUCUCCGUUUUCUGCAGGUGUGAAUCGGCUUCUGCGGACUUUGUUCGAAGGUGGAGGAAACGGAGAGCCGGAAUGUGGGGAAUAAAAGGCUCUUUCGCCCGGC